CCUGAAUGAACCAAUUAGAAAGAAAGAAAGCUACAAAUAAUACAAGCUCUAUUCCCCUCUCUUCUCCGUUCUUGUUCUACUCUUGCGUGGUUCAUUUUUCAUUCCGAUCGAGUUUGGUGAUCAAUUGUCCACUCAGUCACCUCCAUGGCAUGCUUUCAUAAGGGCUUCUGAUUGCUUUCCCCUUUCCAAGCAAGCCAGGCGACGCGAAAUUUUCUCUCUCGAAAUCUGGGAACGCGAAACUCAAUUUACAAUUUUGUAUGUCUAUCGUGUUUCGCCAGAUCACUCAAAGCACCGAAUUCAGGUAAGAGAAUACGUGACGAACCAAUCUAGGUUUACGGUACGCAGAUCUCCAGAAGAGGUGAAUGAUGAUGGUGGAUGAAGCUGGGAAGGUUCCUGGCGGUGAUGAAUCCGGCGCGCCUCUGUUGCAAGAGGAUGCUGCCUUGAACAAUGAUAGUGUUGCCACUCCUCAGCUGUUUACUACAUCCUUACCAACUCUAAAUGAAGCUACUGAUUAUCUUACCCAAACAACUUCAUUGAUAACUCGUUGCUUCCCUUCAGUGGACUUUUCUACUGGGGAUUAUGGAUAUUCAGCCCCUCCUCAGCAGGAACUGGCAACAAUCUCACGUGCACACGCCGAGCAAUCUGCAGUGGACACUGCAACUUCUGUUCCAUCAACUUCAACCAGUACCCCCCCUUCUGUUGAUCGAGUAACAAGAUCUUCUUCUCAAGGACAAUCUGGAAAUGCUGGUGCAAUCGUGCCCUCUAGUUAUGGUGGACUAAAUGGAAUUUCUAUAUUUCAGGGACUUAUAGAGAGAGCAAGAAGAACUGUCCGUGGCUCUGCUGAUGAUAUAGGGUGGUUACAAUGUGCACCAGGGAUGCCUCCAGUUGAAGAUGGAACUGAAAGGUUUAUGGAGAUUCUUGAUAGCAUAAGGCAUGGUGUGCACAGGUUGCCGAAGUCUAUGGUUUACCUGUUGGUUCCAGGUAUUUAUUCUAUGCAAAAAGAUGUUUCAGUGAUGAAAUAUGGGGUUGGUUUUUAUGCUUUGCUUUGGACUUUCAUAUUCUAUGAUAUGCAACAAAGUAGCUUAAAGGUAUCUAUCCUCGACCUUCCAAUAUUUCGAGCAGGUCUCUUCAGCAACCAUGGACCACUUUAUUUUGUUAAUACGAAACAGUUCUUUUCGAAGAUAGGUCUAACUUGUCACAUUGCCAAGAUUCAUAGCGAGGCUUCAGUUGAGAAAAAUGCCAAAGAGAUUUAUGAAUACAUUGAGGAAAUGUAUUGGGGCUCAAAUAAACGUGUCAUGCUUCUUGGACAUAGCAAAGGGGGUAUUGAUGCGGCUGCUGCUCUGUCAUUGUACUGGCCCAACUUACAAGAUAAGGUAGCAGGAUUAGUAUUGAUACAGAGUCCUUAUGGUGGUAGCCCAAUUGCAUCCGAUAUUCUACGUGAAGGCCAGCUUGGUGACUACGUUAAUGUGAGGAAGCUUAUGGAAAUCAUAAUAUGCAAAGUGAUUAAGGGUGAUAUGCAAGCCUUGGAGGAUCUAACAUACGAGAAGAGGAGAGAUUUCUUGACCAAAUAUCCUUUGCCAGAAGAAGUGGCAGUUGUAUCAUUUCACACAGAAGCCAGUGUUUCCCCUGCAGUUCUGGCAACAUUGUCUCGCGUGGCACAUGCAGAGUUACCAGUUGUUGCGCCUCUAUCUACUGGGCAGCCAACCAAACUUCCUGUUGUGAUGCCACUUGGUGCUGCGAUGGCUGCCUGCGCUCAGCUGCUUCAGGUCCGGUAUGGUGAAAAGAGUGAUGGACUGGUGACCCGUCGUGACGCAGAGGUUCCUGGAUCAGUUGUGGUCCGACCGGCACGGAAGCUGGACCAUGCUUGGAUGGUCUACUCGUCGCUAAACGACGACCCUUCUGAGGCAGAUGCUUCUCAAGUCUGUGAAGCUCUGCUAGAGUUGCUGGUGGAAGUUGGGCAGAAGAGGAGGCAUGAAAUUGAAAAGAAACAGGAAUAAGGUGGGGGUUUUCUUCGUUUCCCUCACGUGACUAUACCAACUAAACUGUAUGAAUGUCGUUGAGUUCAAUGUGCUAUCAUAUGGACCCAAAGUGUAUAGGGAAUAGGAUUAGAUCAAUUUUGUAGAGCCUAUACAGGGACUGCCAUUAUACUAACACUCGAAUAAGACGAUGGUGUUUAACUCUUAUUGUUGCCUUGCUUCUCCUGCUCGGUUAAUUGCACAGGUUAUCACUUUAGUUCACCA